GCAAACCAGCUCUGGGCGGCUUUGGGUAGGUUGUAGUUCUGCGGGCUGCAGAGCGCAGACUUCGGGUGGACGCAGCUGAGGUGACUGUUGCUUCUCCCUGAGAACUUCGGGUUCUCCUCCUGUCUUCAGUCGUUUGUGUCCAGAGCCGGACUUUCAAUUUGCCCCCAAAGGGAGCAUAAACCAGGGACUUUGAUAUCAUGCAGCAGAAGACCAAAUUAUUUCUCCAAGCUUUGAAGUAUAGUAUUCCUCACCUUGGGAAAUGCAUGCAGAAACAGCAUUUGAAUCACUUUAACUUCGCUGAUAAUUAUUACAGUAGAAUAAAAUUGAAAAAAUAUCACCUAACCAAGUGUCUACAGAAUAAACCCAAGAUAUCAGAGUUAGCAAGAAACAUCCCAAGUCGGAGCUUCUCAUGUAAGGAUCGUCUGCCUAUUAAACAAGAAAACGAAAAAUCCCUUUCAGAAAACAUGGAUGCAUUUGAAAAAGUGAGAACAAAACUAGAAACACAACCACAAGAAGAAUAUGAAAUCAUCAAUGCAGAGGUGAAACAUGGUGGUUUUGUUUAUUACCAGGAAGGUUGCUGCUUGGUUCGUUCCAAAGAUGAAGAAGCAGACAAUGAUAAUUAUGAAGUUUUAUUCAAUUUGGAGGAACUUAAAUUAGACCAGCCCUUCAUUGAUUGUAUCAGAGUUGCUCCGGAUGAGAAAUAUGUAGCUGCCAAGAUAAGGACAGAGGAUUCUGAAGCAUCCACCUGUGUGGUUGUGAAGCUUAGUGAUCAGCCAGUAAUGGAAGCUUCUUUCCCAAAUGUGUCCAGUUUUGAAUGGGUGAAGGACGAAGAAGAUGAAGAUGUUUUAUUCUACACCUUCCAGAGGAAUCUUCGAUGUCAUGAUGUAUAUCGAGCCACUUUUGGUGAUAACAAACGUAAUGAACGUUUUUACACAGAAAAAGACCCAAGCUAUUUUGUUUUCCUUUAUCUUACAAAGGAUAGUCGUUUCCUUACCAUAAAUAUUAUGAACAAGACCACUUCUGAAGUGUGGUUGAUAGAUGGCCUGAGCCCUUGGGACCCACCAGUACUUAUCCAGAAGCGAAUACAUGGGGUCCUUUACUAUGUUGAACACAGAGAUGAUGAAUUAUACAUUCUCACUAAUGUUGGAGAGCCUACAGAAUUCAAGCUAAUGAGAACAGCAGCUGAUACCCCUGCUAUUAUGAAUUGGGAUUUGUUUUUCACAAUGAAGAGAAAUACAAAAGUUGUAGACUUGGACAUGUUUAAGGAUCACUGUGUUCUAUUCUUGAAGCACAGCAAUCUGCUUUAUGUUAAUGUGAUUGGUCUGGCUGAUGAUUCAGUGCGGUCUCUGAAGCUCCCUCCUUGGGCCUGUGGAUUCAUCAUGGAUACAAAUUCUGACCCAAAGAACUGCCCCUUUCAACUCUGCUCUCCAAUAAGACCCCCAAAAUAUUACACAUAUAAGUUUGCAGAAGGCAAACUGUUUGAGGAAACUGGGCAUGAGGACCCAAUUACAAAGACUAGUCGUGUUUUACGUCUAGAAGCCAAAAGCAAGGAUGGAAAAUUAGUGCCAAUGACUAUUUUCCACAAAACGGACUCUGAAGAUUUACAGAAGAAACCUCUCCUGGUACAUGUAUAUGGAGCUUAUGGAAUGGAUUUGAAAAUGAAUUUCAGACCUGAGAGGAGGGUCUUGGUAGAUGAUGGAUGGAUAUUAGCAUAUUGCCAUGUUAGGGGUGGUGGUGAGUUGGGCCUCCAGUGGCAUGCUGACGGCCGACUAACUAAAAAACUCAAUGGCCUUGCUGACUUAGAGGCUUGCAUUAAGACGCUUCAUGGCCAAGGCUUUUCUCAGCCAAGUCUAACAACCCUGACUGCUUUCAGUGCUGGAGGGGUGCUUGUGGGAGCAUUGUGUAAUUCUAGUCCAGAGAUCCUGAGAGCUGUGACUUUGGAGGCACCUUUCUUGGAUGUUCUCAACACUAUGAUGGACACUACACUUCCUCUGACAUUAGAAGAACUAGAAGAGUGGGGGAAUCCUUCAUCUGAUGAAAAGCACAAGAACUACAUAAAACGUUACUGCCCCUAUCAAAAUAUUAAACCUCAGCAUUAUCCUUCAAUUCACAUCACAGCUUAUGAAAACGAUGAACGUGUACCUCUGAAAGGAAUUGUUAACUAUACUGAGAAACUGAAGGAAGCCGUCAUGGAACAUACUAAGAACACAGGUGAAGGCUAUCAGGCCCCCAAUAUUAUUUUAGAUAUUCAGCCUGGAGGAAAUCAUGUGAUUGAAGAUUCUCACAAAAAGAUUACAGCCCAGAUUAAAUUCCUAUAUGAGGAACUUGGACUUGACAGCACCAGUGUUUUCGAGGAUCUUAAGAAAUACCUGAAAUUUUGAAAUGUUACAUUCAACGGGGAAUUGGAAACACUCUGAAAUAUUUCAUAGUCUUAUUUCCAAAUUGGGUUAGUAGCAAAAGUGAGAUUUUAAGUUACUAAGUGAUUUUUUUAAAGUUGCUUCUCCAUCCAGAUUUUGCAAAGUCUGUAUUACAAUUGCUAUACUGUUCUCUUCCACUGGUGUACAUGCCUGUUA